AUGAUGAUGUUAUUGUUGGGGUUGAACUCCCAAAAUUAUAUACGUGGGAUUUUAAAACAGGACAAUACAAGAUAAUUCUUAACAAAAAUAGACAAGUUACAAAAAAUUAUAGGGGUGGGAUAUAUAUACAUUAUGAAAAUACAUAUGAAA